AUGACAAGUUUGAAUGGAGGCGCAGUUUUCUUGUGCCAGGACUACUCCCUUUACAGCAGCCAGAGCGGUGAAACCUUGGAUCAGAUUGAUGGGAGUUACAUUUACUUCAGCUUUCCUCCUAACCCAACUUUGUUCUCCUAUAGGAUUCAGGAUCAGAAAGUAACAUCAUCACCUACAUUUUGUCGACCCGAUCGACUUGAAAGUUGGAUUUCUCAAUGGCUUAUGCCUGCCAUACGUCCUGUUGCUCAUCAAAAGCUUAUUACCACAACUACAGAGGAUGCAGUAGGAGGAAUGGGAAAAAUUGGAAAAAUUGCAGGAGAAGAAGGGCCACUUCUAAGAGGAUGCGGCUGA